AUGUUGGUGCGACAGGUGCUGCGUUGUCAUUCUUGGGAGGAGGUGUUUUUGGUUGGACGUUUGGGCAAGAAGUCGCAAACCACACGCUGCAGCUCCAUAAUUUGGACACAAUGGCGGCCCAAGUUAUGUUCUUGGAAUGGUGGGAACGCAAGUCUCAAGGAAGGUCCUAAACCCAAUGACAAAAAUGAAAUGGGCGUCUUGCUUUCUUAUCCACAGUAUCUUGCAAACAGAAUGGAAUUGAAGUGCUCAGCUGGCUUGAGAACAAAGAAAAACCCCUUCCUCCGAUACGAAGCUAAGAGGCAGAAUCGAAGGAAAAAAAGGUUGAAGAUGAGUAGCAUUGGAACUGGGUAUGAUCUCUCCGUCACCACUUUCUCUCCCGAUGGCCGCGUCUUCCAGAUCGAGUACGCCGCCAAAGCUGUCGACAACAGUGGAACGGUUGUUGGAAUCAAGUGCAAGGACGGGAUUGUAAUGGGUGUGGAGAAGCUUAUCGCGUCCAAGAUGAUGCUACCAGGUUCAAACCGGAGAAUCCACUCUGUUCAUCGUCAUGCUGGCAUGGCUGUUGCUGGACUAGCCGCCGAUGGGAGGCAGAUUGUAGCACGGGCUAAAUCCGAAGCGAGAAGCUAUGAGAGUGUCUAUGGCGAAGCUGUCCCUGUGAACGAACUCUCUGAACGCGUUGCUAGUUACGUUCAUUUGUGUACCCUCUAUUGGUGGCUCAGGCCCUUUGGCUGUGGAGUCAUUCUUGGAGGCUAUGAUAGAGAUGGGCCGCAAUUAUACAUGAUUGAGCCUUCAGGCAUAUCUUAUAAAUAUUUUGGUGCAGCAAUUGGGAAAGGAAAGCAAGCUGCUAAAACGGAAAUAGAGAAGUUGAAACUUUCUGAGAUGACAUGCAGAGAAGGCGUAAUUGAGGUGGCCAAAAUCAUUUACAAGCUACACGACGAAGCCAAAGACAAGGCGUUCGAGUUGGAGAUGAGUUGGAUAUGCGAGGAGUCCAAGAGAGAGCAUCAGAAGGUCCCUGAGGAUCUCCUGGAAGAAGCAAUGACAGCAGCUAAAACAGCACUUGAGGAGAUGGAUGCAGACUAA